GGGCGGGUAUUUGCCCACCCUAGAAAAGAGUGGCGGAUUUUGUUGGGAGAAGCUUUGGGGAAGAAUUUGAGUGACUGGGCAGCGGGGCCUACACAUCAUCUUUCUCUGGGUGCCCCCAAAAAUCAGAAACAAUGGCGAACUCACCUCCACCAUCGUCACCUCCCUCGGCCUCCAAUUCGGAGAACUCAGCCACCAGCCCCACCCCCUCUCACUCUCAAAAGCCUCAGGUUGAAGAAGCAGCGAAUAAUGGUGCAACCCUUACUGUGGACGACAACAAGCCUGACUUGCCCGAGCACUUGGAGUAUCUUGACAGUGCAGACUACAUUGAGAAGUUCAAGAAAUAUGAAGCUGACUACACUUGCCGGUUGAUGGCAAAAUACUUCUCUAAGAAGAAUCUAUAUGGAGGCGACAUAUUUGAUGAGAAAAUGACAAUAGAUGAUGAGAUGAUAAAGUCAAGCAGGUGGCCUUGUACUCGAUCAUAUGCAGACCCAGUCUGCGGUUUCGAAGAGCAAAGCACCGCUGCUUAUUCACAUGAAGAGCAAAGCACCCCUGCUUAUUCACAGGGGGUCUCAAACGGGAAGCUCCCGGUGAAGAAGAAUAAUGGCUGACGGAUGUUUCCUUACUCUUUUUUCCUACCUCUCUCUCUCUCUCUCUCUCUCUAUAUAUAUAUAUAUAUAUAUUUGAAAGAAAACAUGUUCAAUACCAGAUAUAUUUUACUUAUUAUGAAAAUUUAUUGUUAGACGUGGCAACCACAGUGGAUUGUUAAGUAACAUGUCAACAAGACUCAUGUGGCAUUAAUUGAUUGAUUGAUUGAUUUAUCGUUAAUUA